CACAAAAGAAGAGGCCCAGGAGAAGGAACAUGGUGAGGUGUAUUACUGGAUGGGGCUAAAACCUGGGGCUGAGUCUCAAAAGGGUUCAUGGUGUCCUUAUUUACGUCGUCCUCCCCUCUGACAGCGAGGAGUUGAGGAACCACUUCUGUGUCGGAGCCCAGAGUCUUGAUCAAAAGAGACGGACCGGUUGGAGAAUGCACAAAACAGGAGGACUCUGCAGCAGAGCGAGAUGGAACCAUGAGGAGAGAAAGGGGGGUUGGUGGGGUGGGAGGGGUCAUAAAGAAAGCACUUGAUGAAGCUUGUACUUCAUGUCUAUGUUUGCCAUUAUUGUACUUUUUUUUUUCUUUUUUUAUAUAUCAUAUGUAUGUAUUUUUCUACCAACAGAGGAACGUGUGAACACACUCGGAGAGAAAGCAAAGUGAUGCAUGAAUGUGAAGGGAACAGAGAGAAGCGUUUUUUGUGUUACUAUUCCAAGAAUGAACUAUUCUCCAAUAGUAGUGAAGACAGCCCGACUCAUCAUAGUCCGUUGUUGGGGAAGUAAUGAUUGUGAGAUAAAAAAUGGCUGACAGGUACUGUUUUUUUUAAAGAACUUUUCAUACAUAUUACUACUUUCAAUAUAACCAUUGCAAAUGUUAUCCACAUUAUUAUCAAUCUGAGGCAUUAUUGUAUUGCAGUAUGCUGUACAUAAAUAGAUAGAAAAGACUUUUUCAUCUGUGAAAGGGAAGUAUGUUCUGUGUAAAGCAUAUAUGGAAACUAAAGGAACUCAAAUUAACAAGUGGCACAUCAAUGGCUGUGUCCCAGGUCACCUGUAGUGCUGGUGGAGCACAUCCUCCAAAGUGCAAAAGAAUGAUACAUUUAAACUACGGGAAAGUAUUUCUUCUCUCUCUGUAAUGAAUGACUGUGCAACAUUUUCCUGCAGUUUGAACCGUACUCGCCCAUUGCACAUGGUGAUAUUCAUUCUGAUUGUGAUGUAACCAGAGAAGGAUUUCACCAAGUUAACUGUGUGUUUCAUUUGUACGAAUCAUUAGCUUUGAUCAGGCCUGUGUGACGAGAUUGUUGUGUCGUCGUAACCUGAAACCCCCAUCAGCAUUCCUCUAUUAACACAAAUGAUAUAUAUUAGUAUAUCUUCAUGAUCACACAACAUAAAGUCCCGGUGACCUGGGACACUACUGCCAUGUUUGUGUGCACAAGCUGUCUCCACCCAAUCAGAAUGUUCAAGCAGCCUGUAACAGCCGGCUGCUUGUCCUCAUGUAUGCUGCUCCUUGUGUUUUAAUGUGUCUUUUUUUAUGAAAAAUAACAAGAUUCUCACUAUUCCUAUUAAUGUUAUUUCUGAUGCUCCUGAUAAUAGUACAGUUAUUAACGGCCCUCUUAUAUGCCACACUCUUGCAUACUGUGUGCACAGUUUCACCUCUUGCUCAUCUGAACAGACUGUUUCUUCCCUUAAGGAGAAUAAAGUUCGAAAAACGUUUAUGAUGGAAAAAAAAAAAAUAACCUUAUUUGUCUGAUUUAUUUGAUUACAAUCCAGACUGUGUGGAACUGGUGAGAAUGUACGAUUGUGUAAUGUUCCGGUUUGAAUGUGUAAAAGGGAUCCAUGUGCUCCAAAAUAAUAGCUCCCACAAUUACAGUUGGUGUUUGGAAAAGUGAAAUUGUGCUGUAAAAGAGAAAGAAAUAUAUUGUUGAUCGCCUACCAAACAUAGUGAACACAUAGUGGUUUGUCAGGGAAGAAGUGUGUCUCAGUUUUAUGGAAAACAUUUUGUGGUGAGAAACAUUUUAGCAGGUUUGUGAGAUUGCUAAUCAUCAAUACUGUACUAUAAAUCAUCAUCAUCAUAAGAAUAUUAUUCAAUAGUAAAUCAACUACAUUGAUUGUAGUAUAAAAUGUGAUCCGUUAGAUAAAUUAGACUAGUCUGCAGUAGGCUUUACUGUGCGAACAGUGUAUAUCCCGCCCAAGCGGGACACUCCUUGCGUCCUACCGAGCAUACAUAAAAACAGAGGCGGGGUUUACGCUGGCUCCACCAAUCACGGCAGGUUUUCCGAAGCACCCACCAAAACAGUUAGAUUUGAAAUUCAAACGGCCGGAAACAGCGGAUUGGAGACAUCCUUUUGUGAAAACAGCGUUAAUUCAGAACAUGUCCCGCUUGCCAGUCAGUUCAAACAAGAGGGUCCUUCUGGCGAGCAGCAGCAGCUCAGAGAAUGGACAAGACCUUGCGCCUGCUCAGAAGAGGAUUCGUAAGGACCCAGAGCCCGUCGUACCACAUGCAGCAGCAACCAUCAUCGGUGGCAGACGGCCUCCCGUUGCAGCAACCAGGGCACCGAUUUCGAGGCCAGUCAGAGGUGUGGGCGCUGCCACCGUGGCUGUUGGUCCUUCCAGAGGUGUCCUGAAACGAUCUAUAGCUUCAACUGCAGCAAAGGGAGGCAACGUGAAACAAACUGUUGCACCCACAGGAGCAAAACCUGGUGUGGUCGGGGGCACCAAGCGUCAAGCAUGGGACUUGAGGGGCAAGGUCAGCGACAUGGAGGGUAAGAUCCAAAACUACCAGACCAAGGUCAAAGCUACCAACCAGGAGAAUGAGACGCUGAGAGUCACGAUGGUCCAGAGCCAGUCAAGAGUGGCUGAAAUGGAGACAAAUAUUGCCAAGCAGAGGAGCCAGAUCAGUGAGUAUGAGGCGGAGCUGCAGGCAUUGGCAGGAGUGCGGGACGAGUUGGAGAUGGUGUCUAGUGAUAAGAGCACUCUUGAAAAGGAGCUCUCCAACUUAGAGAGCAAAUACAGGGUCAUGGAGACUCUGCGGGACAGUCAGGAGACGGAGCUGCAAACGCUCAAGAUGAAGCUGUCGGUGCAGGAGUCGACUCUGGCCCGUCUGCAGGUGACCCUCAGAGACACGGAGGAAGAGGCCCGCUCUCUCAAGGACACUGUGGUCCAGCAGAAGGACGAGCUUCAUGCCGGGGAGAUGGAGCGCAGGGGGCUCCAUAAUACCAUCCAGGAGCUCAAGGGCAACAUCAGGGUCUUUUGCAGGGUGCGCCCUCUGGUGGAGGGAGGCCUCAGCGAGCACAUUCAGUUAGCGGCCAGCGACAACAAGACGAUAACGCUGGCCAAAACAGAGGAGUCUCACACAGGCAAAACUGCUGACACUCACAAGAAUUACAACUUCAGUUUUGACCGAGUGUUUGGCCCUCAGUCUUCACAACAGGAGGUCUUCGAUGAGAUCUCGCUGCUGGUGCAGUCUGCAUUGGACGGCUACAACGUCUGCUGCUUUGCCUACGGCCAGACGGGGAGCGGAAAGACGUACACCAUGGAGGGAGACGAGUUUGACGUGUCCAGAGGUGUCAUUCCCAGAGCCGUGAAGCAAAUCUUCAGAGCAGCAGAGAAGCUGGAGGCACAGGGCUGGGAGUUCACCUUCACGGCGAGCUUUGUGGAAAUAUACAACGAGAGCCUGCGAGACCUCCUCUACUCUGGCAAGGCCAGCAAGCGGCCCGAGCACGAGAUCCGGAAGUCCCCCAACAACGAGGUGACGAUCACCAACCUCACGUACGAAAGGGUCUGCAACGAGGAUCAGGUUCUCGGCCUGAUCAUGCUGGCCAAUCAGAAUCGCUCCACGGCCCAGACAGCCCAGAACGACCGCUCCUCUCGCUCCCAUUCAGUGUUCCAGCUGGAUAUCGAGGGAGUGAACGUUGGCAGGGAUGUCAAAUGCAAGUCCACUUUGUGCCUGGUGGACUUGGCCGGCAGUGAGCGAAUGCUGAAGAGUCAGUCUCAGGGAGAGCGCUUUAAGGAGAUGACCGCCAUCAACGGCUCCCUGUCCAACCUCGGCAUAGUCAUCACCGCGCUGGCCAACAAGGAGAGCUUCAUUCCGUACAGGAACUCCAAGCUGACGUACCUGCUGCAGGGGUGCUUGGGAGGGAACAGCAAAACCCUGAUGUUUGUGAACAUCGCCCCUGAGUCAGACAGCUUCGGAGAAACCCUGAACUCCCUGAGGUUUGCCAGCAAGGUGAAUGACUGUGUGAUUGGGACCGCGAAUGCCAACAAGAAGUAGAGUGAAUCAGUGAGACGGCGCUCAAGAGUUGCCUGUGUAUUCUCAGGACUUUCAUUAGUGAUCACUAAUACUGUCUUUUAAACAUUUAAUCGACUAUGUGUACAUAUGCAUGUUUCUAGUUAGGUUUUAAAUACAUAUUACAUGGGUUCUUGAUUUAUGAGGAAAUUCUCCAGUUGAGACAUUCAAUCUUCAUUGAACAUGUCCUGUAUCAAUAAGAGGAACCAUAUCCUGGUUUUUAUCCUAUUUAAAUGUUUUUUUCUUGCACAAAAGUUGCAAAUAAAUUGUGUGGAUAUC